AUGUCUGGACCGUACCUUCACGGUCACCAUGCAUCGGUCCUCCGAUCACACAGCUGGCGCACCGUCGAGAACUCCUGUCCUCACCUACUACCCUACCUCAGCAACCCUUCGCUAAAGAUUCUCGACGUCGGCUGUGGUCCUGGUACCAUAAGCGUUGAUCUCGCCACACGCGUUCCACAGGGCUUCGUCUACGCUAUCGAUCCCUCCGCCGAAGUCAUCGAGAAGGCACGAAAACACGCAGAGGAGAAGGGCGUCACCAACGUCCGGUUUGAAGUCGGCGAUAUAUUUGAGUGGAACAAGCUUGUGGGAUUAGAAGAGGCAGGCUUCGAUGUUGUGCAUGCGCAUCAAGUACUGCAGCAUCUACAAGACCCACUAGGCGCGAUGAAGGCGAUGAAGCGUCUAGCCAAACCUGGCGGUCUUCUUGCGAUACGAGAUUGCAACUACAGUGCAAUGGACUGGUAUCCGGAGCAUCCGGUCAUGCAGAAGUGGAAGGAUCUAUACAUGAAGAUCGCGCUCGGUCUGAAGGCACACCCGAAUAUUGGAAAGCGACUGCAUGCGGUAGCUAUGGAGGCAGGCUUCCCAAGGAACGACAUAGAGGCUAGUGUGGCAGCGUGGACGUUUAGUACGCCAGAAGAGAGAGAAUUCUGGUGUGGGCUCUGGGCCGAGAGGACAGUCAAGAGCGAUUACAGGCAAAGAGCGUUGGACAGCGGAUACGCGACGAAACAGGAUUUGGAAGAGAUCGCUACGACUUGGAGAGAGAUGGAGAAGAAGGAAGAUGGCUGGUUCGCUGUUAUCAACGGGCAAAUCAUCUGCCAUGUGAAGUAG